AGUCUAGAAAGAGAAAAAGGGUACCUCUCCAUGUAACCAUAUUUCAUCAUCAUUUUGUUCUUUAAAUCUUUUUCACUUAUAAAUCAAUUAUUUCUCAAUCUUACAAAUAUUAUUAUUUAUAUUCAAAGGUCUAAACUCUAAAUAACACAGAAAUAAUACUCCCACCGAUGUAUCUACUUUUCUCUUUGAUUCUUGAAAUUAAUAAAAAUGAAACCGAAGCUCCUUAAUCUCUUCUUCUCCGUAAUCACAACAAUCCUCCUCCGGUGUACAGCGCCGGCGGAAUCGUUGUGCAACCACUCAUGCGGCGGCCGGACGCUCCCUUUCCCGUUCGGCUUCUCCGGCGGCUGCCAAAUCCAGCUCAACUGCACCUCCAACGGCACGAUUCUCGCCGCCGAUUUCCCGGUCCAGUCCGUCGCCGACGGCGGGACGUUCCUGGUCAACCUUCCGGCGAUGUGCGGCCGCCCCGUGGAGGCGCUGCGCCGCCUCUACGCCGGCAACUUCGCGCCGACGGCGCACAACGCGAUCCUCCUCCGGGACUGCGCCGCGAGCCAGAGCACCGGCUGCUUCAUCCCGACGACGAUGGUGCAGACCCACUUCGAGCUGCUCGAGUGCGCCGCCGGCGGCGGCGGCGGCGGCAAGAACGCCAGCGUGAGCUGCUACUCGGAGCAGGACAACACGACGUCGUUCAUCGAUUACCGGAAUCUGACGAGGAGCGGCUGCCGGACGCUUUUCUCGGCGAUUUCGAUGGAGUCGUUCGCCAACUCUUCGUCGGUCUCGCUGGAUAUGCAGAUCGUGAGAUUGGGGUGGUGGCUGCACGGCAAGUGCCGCUGCUCGGAGAACGCGAAGUGCGUCCACGUGUCGCCUCCGUCCGGGAGAAAUCCUCCGCCGGCGGCGUACCGGUGCGAGUGCUUGGAUGGGUUCGCCGGAGAUGGGUUUCUUGACGGGAUUGGCUGCCGGAAAGAAUCAUUAGCAUGCAAUCCAUCCAAGUACCUAUCAGGCCAAUGUGGAGGAACAACAAGAGUUGGUGUUUUAGUUGGAGGUGUUGCCGCCGGUGCUUCGUUAAUGGUCGGCCUAGGCCUCGUUUUCUGCUUUAUCCGAAAAAAAUCCAAAUCGAGGCGCAUAAGUAGAAAAAGCCGUAAACUAUGCGAAACAAAAGGUAUAACAAUCCCCAUCUACACCCACAAAGAAAUCGAGAAGGCCACAAACUCAUUCUCCGAGAAGAGACGCCUCGGAAACGGGGCCCACGGCACCGUCUACUCCGGCAAGCUCACCGGCGGCGGUGGCGACUGGGUGGCCAUCAAGCGGAUCCGCCGUCGAGACGCCGAGAGCACCGACCAAGUCAUCAACGAGGUCAAACUCCUCUCAUCGGUCAACCACCCUAACCUCGUACGCCUCCUCGGUUGCUCCAUCGAGGAUCACGAGGAACAAAUCCUCGUGUACGAGUACAUGCCCAACGGCACCCUCUCUCAGCACCUGCACGGAGAGAAACGCGGGGGCGGGGGCGGCGGCCUCCCGUGGCCAGUCCGUCUGGCCGUCGCCUCCGAAACCGCCCAGGCGGUCGCGUACCUCCACAACGCGACCCACCCGCCGAUAUACCAUCGAGACAUAAAGUCGAGCAACAUUUUACUUGACUACAACUACAAGUCUAAAGUAGCUGAUUUCGGGCUGUCGAGAUUAGGGCUGACAGAAUCCUCCCACAUCUCGACGGCCCCACAGGGUACUCCGGGUUACCUGGACCCGCAGUACCACCAGCAUUUUCAUCUUUCUGACAAGAGCGACGUGUAUAGCUUCGGCGUGGUGCUUGUGGAGAUCAUAACCGCACUGAGGGUGGUUGACUUUGACCGGCCUCAGAACGAGGUCAACUUGGCCUCCCUCGCGGUCGACCGGAUCGGGAGGGGGUGUUUGGACGAAAUCAUCGACCCGUUCCUCGAACGGGCGGGUCUUGAUUCGUGGACCCGUUCGUCGAUCCACAAGGUUGCUGAGCUGGCGUUUAGAUGCCUUGCCUUCCAUAGGGAUAUGAGGCCUUCGAUGAUGGAAGUUGCGGUUGAGUUGGAACUGAUUAGGCAGAGUAAGUGGACUAACCCGGAGAUGAUGAUGAUGAGCAUUAUGGGGUCGUCCCGUUCGAUGUCGUCCGAUUUGAGCGACAAACCGCUGAAUCUGACGUUUAAUAAACGGGAAUUCGACGGUGUAGGGACUUUUAGCAGCAAGAAUUCGUCGGAUGCAUUGACGGAUUUUUCGCCUCUCUCGGUGGAGGAUUCGUGGCAAAGUGAUCAGAGCUCAUCGCCCUCGUCGAAUAGUUUGCUGAAUCGUGUGGCUAGGUGAGAUUGACACUAUGAUUUGUUUGAGCCAUUUAAAAUGUGUGUAUAAUUAACUGGUAAUUAAGUAGACUUACAUUAUAUUCUGCACUCUGCAGUGUAAUUAGUUGGCCAACAUGUUGAAAAUGUGCGUUUAUUGUGUUUCUGUGCA